AUGGCUGCCACCGCCGCUCAGUCUUGCCACGCUAACAUGCCUGCCCAUCCUGAGGAACACACGUCUUGCGUCAUCUGUCUGGAUGACGAUGCCGUUCAUGAGCCCAUGACGAUGCUGGAGGAAUGUAAGCAUGUCUUUCACACGGGCUGCCUCCAGGGCUGGCUCGAUCAACAUUCGAGCUGCCCCGUUUGUCGCUGCAUUGCCGUCAACGCCCAUCCCUGUGCCUACCGUGGCAGCUUCGUGAUUCCCUACGCCUGCUCGCCAACCGCCCUGCACAAGCUGAUGGCAAAGCACGUCUCCUGCCACCGACCUUCAAGCCGUCGCUUUACCUGGACCUUGAGCGUGACCGAAGGCAGCGCCACGCUGAUGCCCCGCCCGUCCAAGCCCAAAGCUCGCUGGUUUUGGCGCUCGUCCACCGACGUUGACACCCGCACACCCCACCACUUUAACAUGCGCAACAUUCAAACCGUUCUGGCCCACGGGGAGUGCCUCCUCCUUCUGGCCCCAGAAACGCAUGCGCGGCAGUCCUCCAGCGCCACAGCCACCCACCUUCGCGUCAACAUUCUGGUCCUGGAAAAUACAAACGUGGUAAGGCGCACGGCUCGGACCCCCACCCACAACUUGAUGCUCGAUGCUCAUCACCAUCCCUGUUUAUGGUUUUUUUCUGCCCGCCCAUUGCGUCACCGUUAG